AUGACUUUACAGAGCCACACUUGGUUCCUCCUAGUAUCGGCCGCACAGAGACGCUCCGGCACAGCAGCUGGUGCAACUAAUGAAGGCACCACAACAGCUUAUACAGAAAUUGAAUAUACUAUACUAGUAAAUAUAACAGCAGAAGGCACUACACAAGCUGAUACAACCACAGAAGAUACUAUACUAGUAAAUACAACAACUGAAGACACUACGCAGACUGAUACAUCAACAGAAGAAACUACAGCUGAUACCACUGAAGAAUCUACACAAGCUGAUACAACAACUGAAGAAUCUAUACUAGUUGAUACAACAAUUGAAGACACUACACAAGCUGAUACAACAACUGAAUAUACUAUACUAGUUAAUACAAUAAUAGAAGACACUACACAGGCUGAUACAACAACUGAAGAAAUUAUACUUGUUGAUACAACAAUUGAAGACACCACGCAGGCUAAUACAACAACUGAAGAAUCUAUACUAGUUGAUACAACAAUUGAAGACACUACACAGGCUGAUACAACAACUGAAGAAUCUAUACCAGUUGAUACAACGAUUGAAGACACUACACAAGCUGAUACAACAACUGAAUAUACUAUACUAGUUAAUACAAUAAUAGAAGACACUACACAGGCUGAUACAACAACAGAAGAAACUAUACCUGAUAGCACUGAAGACACUACACAAGUUGAUACAACAGCUGAGGAAACCACACAAGCUGAUACAACAACUGAAUAUACUAUACUAAUUAAUACAAGAAUAGAAGACACUACACAGGCUGAUACAACAACAGAAGAAACUAUGACUGAUACCACCGAAGAAUCUACACAAGCUGAUGCAACUGAAUAUACUAUACUAGUUGAUACAACAAUUGAAGACACUACACAGGCUGAUACAACAACUGAAGAAUCUAUACUAGUUGAUACAAUUGAAGACACUACACAGGCUGAUACAACAACUGAAGAAUCUAUACUAGUUGAUACAACAAUUGACACUACACAAGCUGAUAAAACAACUGAAUAUACUGUACUAGUUAAUACAAUAAUAGAAGACACUACACAGGCUGAUACAAGAACAGAAGAAACUACAGCUGAUACCACUGAAGAAUCUACACAAGCUGAUACAACAACAGAAGAAACUAUGACUGAUACCACCGAAGAAUCUACACAAGCUGAUACAACUGAAUAUACUAUACUAGUUAAUACCAGAAUAGAAGACACUACACAGGCUGAUACAACAACUGAAGAAUCUACACAAGCUGAUACAACCACUGAAGACACUACACAAGCUGAUACAACAACUGAGGAAACCAAACAAGCUGAUACAACAACUGAAUAUACUAUACUAAUUAAUACAAGAAUAGAAGACACUACACAGGCUGAUACAACAACAGAAGAAACUAUGACUGAUACCACCGAAGAAUCUACACGAGCUGAUACAACUGAAUAUACUAUACUAGUUAAUACCAGAAUAGAAGGCACUACACAGGCUGAUACAACCACUGACGAAUCUACACAAGCUGACACAACCACUGAAGAAACUACACAAGCUGAUACAACCAAUGAAGACACUACACAAGCUGAUACAAGAACUGAAGAAAUUUCACCUGAUACCACUGAAGAAUCUACACAAGCUGAUACAACAACUGAAUAUACUAUACUAAUUAAUACAAGAAUAGAAGACACUACACAGGCUGAUACAACAACUAAAGAAACUACACAAGCUGAUACAACCACUGAAGAAUCUACACAAGCUGAUACAACCAAUGAAGACACUACACAAGCUGAUACAAGAACUGAAGAAAUUUCACCUGAUACCACUGAAGAAUCUACACAAGCUGAUACAACAACUGAAUAUACUAUACUAAUUAAUACAAGAAUAGAAGACACUACACAGCCUUAUACAACAACUGAAGAAUCUAUACUUGUUGGUACAACAAUAAAAGACACUACACAGGCUGAUACAACCACUGAAAAAUCUACACAAGCUGAUACAACCACUGAAGACACUACACAAGCUGAUACAACAACUGAAGAAUCUACACAAGCUGAUACAACCACUGAAGAAACUAUACUAAAUGAUGCUGAUGAAUGUGCUUUGGGGACCGAUGAUUGUGACGUCAAUGCACGAUGUGUGAACAACAUUGGAAGCUUUACGUGUGUGUGUAAUGACGGAUAUCAAGGCAGCGGAACAAUCUGUUACGAGCGUAUUUACAUCGAUUAUGGCUCCGGGUUUGACCGGUCACUAGGAUAUUUUCGAUACAGCUUUCUAGCGUGGUUUACUGUAAGACUAGAUACAGGGUUUCCUAUCAGCAAUGGUCAACUAUACACCUAUAUAACAUAUACAUCAACUGGCAUGAUACAUUUUUCGAACUACUAUCCACGUAGCUAUCACCUGUACAAGUACAUCAACCCGUCGUUAUAUAACCUUUUUGAUAUCUACCGCGAUCCAUCUAUUGCGGUAUUCGGUGCACCGGUCGACAUUUACCGCGGUGACCCAAGGAUCUAUUAUCAGGUAUACGACAUUAACAGGGGGUACGGAAACUCAGCAACUCUUCUCGCAGCGGUACAACAAAGACUGUAUGCAUCUCUGUCACUUCCGGCAGGAUUGGAGUCCUUCCGGUUCAUCAACGGAAUCAACUUCAUCUGCAAGGUCACGUGGCAAAAUGUGCAACCUCAGGGAUCAGUGCCAGGACAAGAGACUGUAACCUACCAAGCUAUUCUCUUUACUGACGGAAGAAGAAGUGGCGUUCUUACGAUGUACCAGGGAGGCAGUUUCAACUGGAAUCCACUCUCUAAGUCAGUACCGGCUAGAAUCGGUUUCAGCACCAAGCAUAAUUGGUAUAACGUCUAUGAAGGAAACUCUCUAGCUGUACUGCAGGAAAGCUAUCGUCCUGAUUUAAGAGUUGGCAACACUGGUCUUCUGGGCAGAGACAUCUACCGUCUUGAUUCGAACCCUAACUGGUACAUCAACCCGCGUCGAUACUGUCAAGAUUGGUACAGUGAUGAUCUGAGCAGGCGAUCCUGGGCAUGGUGGGCAGAGCCAUGCCCCUGUACUCGCUGGCAGGCCAGGAUCGACCGAAGGUUUACUCGCUGCAACUACCCUAUCUACCGCUACGGUUACGGCUACGGCUAUGGCUACGGUUAUGGCUACGGUUAUGGCUACGGCUAUGGUUAUGGCUACGGUUAUGGCUACGGAUACGGUUACGGCUAUGGAAUUCCUAAUUAUUAUUAUGGUGAGCAUGGUAUUUUUCUAAUAGUGCAUUUUUUUAAUUAAGACAUUUCUUCAUUAUACUGGUACGUGGGCCAUUUUAUAAUCAUUCUUGUAAGAUAUCAUAUUCCUCAGACCUGAAAAAAAAAUUCGCAGAACCUCCUGGACGAUCAU